AUGGCAAACUCCAAUGUAUAUAUUUGGAGUAAUUAUAUCCUGAAAAGAGGUGAUUUUCUGAGGCUCUUUCUCACACAUUCCAGGGCUAACCCAGGGAAGCUGGGCAUGGGCCUUCAGAGGCCCCCUAUUAUGGUUGAAGAACAUCUCUUCCUUCCCAGGUUCUCUCUAGGCCGCUUCCUCCCAUCUCACCUCCCCCGUGGCCUCCUGCUGCCCCAUCUCUACAGACCUGAUAUCAGAACAGGGUUUGAUAUCAUCCAGUUGGAAAGUACCUAACCAAGAACACUUGUACUCCUUAUCUGCUCUAGGCACAUAAUGGGGGGAGAAGCCAAUGGGAUGAUGCCCUAAGUUCAGGCAACAGAAUGUGAACAGAAUCAGAAAACAGAUGUGAACAAGUACUUCUUGCGUGAUGGCAGUUGAGGAGAGGACGUAGAGGGGCUCCCUGAGAACUCUGUACGUCAUUUUGUCCAUUUAGGUUUAUGGGAUCACAUGCUUACCCUCACUCGGAGGCAUGUGGUAUCAUCUCUAUUAUCUGAAUAAAGAUUGUAAGUGUGGAUAUUGGAAAUUAGGCAACCAGGUUGUAGAGUCACUAUAUGUGAACAGUCACACAUAUAUCCGACUCUGUAUGAGAGAGACAGAGAGACAAAGUAACCUGAUCAUAAAACCUCAGCACUGCAGUUUGUGUACAGUACUCCAAAGAGUCCGGAAAGUACUAUUUAGCCGAAGAACAAAUGUCUGUUAGUGGGAGGGGCAGGAAACGUUCAGGGCCAUAGUCCUUGACACUGUCCCAUACUCCCGAGGAACACCUGUGGGGCAGCCUAUGAGCACUCCUCCCUGACACCUGGGACUGCCCCCCAGUCAGCCAUGCAGGGAUGGGCUCACGCCUGCAUCCUGAUUGCCUGCUUCAGCCAAACAGAGCCCUUCCUUGCUCCAGCUUUCGAUAGCCUGACGUAAUGCUGGCAGCAGGAAGUUCUAAUCUGGAGUGUUUUUGUUUGUUGUGCUUCCUCAGGAUUUCCUUGGAUCUGGAGACCCCAAAGAAACAAAGAUGCUAAUCACCAAACAGGCUGACUGGGCUAGAAAUAUCAAUGAGCCUAAAGCUGCCGUGGAGAUGUACAUCUCAGCAGGAGAGCACGUCAAGGCCAUAGAGAUCAGCGGCAACCAUGGCUGGGUUGACACGUUAAUCGACAUUGCCCGUAAAUUGGACAAGGCCGAGCGGGAGCCCCUGCUGAUGUGUGCUUACUACUUCAAGAAACUGGAUAACCCUGGCUAUGCUGCUGAAACCUACCUGAAGAUUGGUGACCUGAAGUCCUUGGUUCAGCUGCAUGUGGAGACCCAGCGCUGGGACGAGGUGAGGGUAGAGCAUGCCUCAUGUGCUAGGGAGCCCCACAUGAGCCCUGGACCACAGGGGGCUUUUUGGGGUUUAGAUGGAGAGCAGCUACCCUCAUCAUGAGAAUGAACAUUGGCCUGGUAAUCAGGAGACUAACCCUCGAAUUCUCUGAGCCGGGGUUUCUUAUAGACCCAUUCAUUCAUUCAUUCAUUCAUUCAUUCAUUCAUUCAUUCAGAAAAUCUUUAUGCACUGCUGGCUUCGUGUUAGCCCUGUGAUAGACAUCAGGGAUGGGAGAGUUAACAGGACAGCCCUGUGCCUGCUAUUGGUCUGAGCUGCUUGUGACCAGCACCACAGGCUGAUAGAUCUCUGACAUGGAGACACACCUGUGUAGUUUUCAAAACCUGCUGGGUGCCAUUUGAAGAAAAUGCCACCCAUACUCUCCAGGUGCAGGCUGCCAAAGCCAUUUCAGAGGCAGCUCUUUCUCCUCCUUCUUUCCCUCUAACCUGGACUCCUCUGGUGUGAGGGGUGGAUGGGAAGAAUUAGCCAGGCCAGAGGGAAAGAUGGCUAAGGCCAGGCUGGCAGAAGCAGCCAAUAUGCUGCCCAUUCUGUGGCUUGAUUCCCACCCUCUAGGUCACUGGCUACCUGUGCUCUGGACUGAAAUUCAUUCCUGAGAAGAUCAGGGGCUGCACCCACGGUCCUCACUCCACUCCACCCACCCAUCCACCCACUGAGGUCUAGUUUACAGACCUAU